CUGUAGAGGCGGCCGCGCCGCGCCGCGCCGCGCCGGGGAAGCGGCGGCAUGAGGAGCCGCUGCGGGCGCGGGCAGUGAAUGGGCGUCGCGGCGGAGCGGGAGGAGCCGGGGCCGGGGCCGGGGCUGCCGCGAUGGCUCAGGAGAAAAUGGAGCUGGACCUGGAGCUGCCGCCGGGGAGCGCGGCGGCGCCGAGCGACGGGGGCGGGCUGCGGCGGUCCAACAGCGCCCCCCUCAUCCACGGGCUCAGUGAUAAUUCACAGGUGUUCCAGGCUAACGUUCUGCGAACCCGCAGGAACAGUACAACAGUUAUGAAUCGUCAUAGUCUGUUUGUGCCAUCAUCUCCUGUUCAUAUUCCUAGCAGCCGUCUUCAUCAAAUCAAACAGGAAGAAGGAAUGAAUUUGAUGAACAGAGAAACAGUACAUGAAAGAGAUGUGCAAGUAGCAAUGCAGAUGAUCCAGUCAUGCGAGGAGAGCUUGAGCCUGAGUGACAAUGAUUAUGAAAAAUCGUCAUCACCAAAGCAAGUGGACUUUAUCCCAGUUUCUCCGGUUCCUUCACCUACCAGAGGAAUAGGGAAGCAAUGUUUCUCACCAUCUUUGCAAAGUUUGGUGAGUAGUAGUGGAUUACCUCCAAGUCCUAGCCCAAGUCCAACAAGGCGAUUUUCAAGCAGGAGAAGCCAGAGUCCUAUUAAUUGCAUUCGACCAAGUGUUCUUGGGUCAAUAAAAAGAAAAGGUGUAACAGAGAUGGAAGAUCAUCCAAAAAGAUUAUUCCAAGGAUCCACCAGCAUGCUUAUCCCUGAAGUUUCACAUCAGACAGACCUUGCGGGAUGUCUGUCAUCACAUGGUCUUGAUGACAAUAGAAGCAAUGCAGGCUCUUCAUGUGACUCACCAGCUGAGAUUGGCACCAGCACAGACUCUCCAGUCUCUCUCUCUGACUCCAGAUCUCCAUUUUUACCAGUAGAUCUUACAGCUAAGUUACCUAUUAAUUAAGAAACAUAAGUUUGUUUAAUAGACACCAAGAAACAUGUGGAAAUUGAUGAGACUUUCUGUUGUGUGUAACUGCAUUAUUUGCGAUUGUUCCUCAUAGGAACUUCCAGAAAUGUCAAUAUUUCUAGAAAGCUUCCAGAAUAGUUCCUUGAGGAAGAAUUCAUAUUUCUAGUAAUUUGUAUGGCAUUUAUAUAUAUUCAAAUACAGUAAGCAUUUGAAUUACGAAUAUAUUUGAUGCUAACAUCAGUAUACAAGCUGAUUUUUACCAUGGAUAUUGUCUCACUGGUAUAAGUUACAUAGUAUUAUAUGUAAAUUCUGCUUGUAGAAGACUUGGCUUUCCAACAGCCAACAGGCUGUAUCCUCACUAAUAUUAAGUGAUGCUGAUAUAGUGAUAGAUGACUUCUAUGUUCGUCCUCAAUCUGAAACCAAUGAAACAUCUUUCUAAUUUACAUUUUUAUUCUCCUAAAUGUUAGAGAUUUUUUUGUUCUUGAAACGAAAGUGAGAAUAUUGGGGAAAAUUUGAUUUUUGUGUUCUCUGGUUGGCUAUUAAUCAGUUCUGUAUUUUAAUUAGUUAUGAAAAGAACAAGGUGAUGAAUUGUCAUCUUAUUAUUAUGUUGGAUUUUCUUCAUGAUCAUGACUGUGGCUAAAUCCAAAUUUAGUGUGGAACAUUCUUUGGAGGUUUGGGGGCCUUUUUGGUUUCUUUUCCCCAUUAGAUGAUGUAUUAGUGGUAGAUGCUCUGUUAAAGCUCUUUUACUAGAGGAAAAAAUAGUAGCAAUGUUUGGAACAAUACACUAAAUGCUGAGAUUUUAGUAUUCAGUGCUUCGGAAGUGCAUUACUUUAACAGUAUUUCGUCUUCAUAUAUGACUUCUUUUGGAGAAGAACAGUGAGGGGCCUUGAAUGCUUUUAUACAGGCUGAAGCGAUCAAAUACGAACAUUUAACUGCAGAUUCUUGCAGUGUUUAAUCUCUUGACGCCACUUUCUCUUAAUAGCAUCAAGUUUUUUCUGCUGAUGUAAACUUCAAAUGGUGAUUAGAAGCCUAGAAUUUAGUAAUCUGAUAUGGAUUCUUGUAUUAUAUUUGAAAAAUCAGUGGGUUGUGGCAUCCUGAUCUCAACGCUGAAAUUCCUAAGACAGGAGGAAAAAAAUCUGCAAACCACCGUAGACAGCUAUUUCAAAUUUUCCAGUGGCAACUUCAUUUUGGUUGUUGGCUCCUGUUAUGCAAUUGGACUUCCCUCCAGUUGGACAUCAUUUCUGUGUGUGUACAUAUUUGUACUAUGUGGUCUCUCCCAUUCUUCCAAUGAAGCAAAAUGUUUAUUUUUAAACACACUAAAACUUUGUAAUGUUUAAUAGAGUGAGUAGAAGAUAAAAGCUUCCUGAAGUGGAAUAGAAGCCUAUUCUGAACUCUGCUGUGAAAAACUUGCGUGGAUAAAGCUUUGAUUGACAGCAGCUAUCAAGGUAGAAAUGGAAGAUGUAGAAUAUGAAGACUUGGUGACCUGAGGACCAAUGACCAGUUCAGCAUAUCCUUAUUACAGAAAUAAAAUAGAAUCUAUUUAAUAGUUUUAUUCAAUUCAAGUAAGAUAUGACAUGGCUUCCUUCUUCUUUUAUUCCUCUUAAAUUAUUGUAACAGUCAACUUCCAUGUUGUAGGGUUUUUGUUUUUCGUUUUUUAAUUUCAAACUGCCCAUCAUUCCUGUGGCAGAUGGACAAGCUUGUAUUUAAUGUCUAUUUGCUUUCUAUUAUGACAUAGUUCAGUUUUGCAAUGUCAGAUACGUGCCAAAGACCUACUGUGUGUUCGCUCUUUCGUAGUGAGGGCAAUUUUUUUUGAUCUUUCGUAUUUGUUAAGAACGAACCUCCUCGUAUCUGUUCUGGUCUUUAAAAAAGAUGCAUCGAUAGUGUGUGGGUCAACUUGUAUCUUCUGUUGAAUAUUUAUACUAUUUUUCAAAUAAGUGCCAAUAAAUGGAAAAAAAUAAAUGUGA